AUUCUAUAAAUCAGUGCCCUGCAGUUAUUUAGAUUGGGUUUGUCUAAUAUUUUACAUAAACUUUUUUGAGGUGAGGCUGUUAUUAUGUCAACUACACAUAGGCAACGGUAUAAAAAUGUGGCUUUGGACUCAUCUGAAAUGCGUCGAAGACGCGAAGAAGAAGGCGUCCAAAUUCGUAAGCAAAAACGUGAACAACAAUUAAUAAAAAGGCGAAAUGUUCUGUGUGAAAUACCCCAAACUGGGUUGGAUGAUGGAGUUCAAGAAAUCGAAAUGCGAAACGGCAUUCGUGAGCAUAGUUUACAAGGAGAAACCAAUCAAAAGAAUCUAGCAAAUGCGAGGCCUCCAUUUGAGCCGACACAACCUGUUGUGGACGCCAUAAUAAGAAAGGAAAUGAUGGAUCUAUUGUAUAGCGAGAAUGAAGCUGAACAGUUGGAAGCUACGCAAAACUUCCGUAAGCUUUUAUCCCGUGAUCCAAACCCACCGAUAGAAGAAGUAAUACAAAAGGGAAUAGUGCCGCGUUUUGUAUUCUUCCUCAAGAAUAAUUCUAACGCAUCAUUGCAAUUCGAGGCUGCUUGGACAUUAACCAAUAUUGCCUCUGGAACAUCGCAGCAAACUGAAAUUGUGAUUGAAGCGGGUGCUGUUCCUGUUUUCAUUGAACUAUUGUCGAAUCAAAAUGGCGAUGUUCAGGAACAAGCUGUUUGGGCUUUAGGAAACAUAGCUGGAGACUCGCCCAGCUGUCGUGACUACCUACUCAAUUCAGGAAUACUUCAACCAUUACUACAUGUAUUAAGUACCACAAAUCGCCUGACUAUGAUAAGGAAUGCUGUAUGGACUCUUUCGAAUUUGUGUCGCGGUAAAAAUCCUCCGGCGGACUUUUCGAAAAUUGUUAACGGUCUACCGAUCCUAGCUCGACUUUUGAAUCACACAGAUCCCGAUAUACUAAGUGACGCUUGUUGGGCCAUCAGUUACUUGUCGGAUGGGCCAAAUGAUAAAGUUCAGGCUGUUAUAGAUGCGGGAGUGUGCCGACGCCUUGUGGAACUCUUAAUGCAUCCACAGAGCAAUGUGGUUACAGCGGCACUUCGAGCUGUUGGCAAUAUCGUAACCGGAGAUGAUGUUCAAACUCAAGUGAUUUUAAACUGUAAUGCAUUGUCAUGCAUAAAUAUUUUAUUGAACUCUCAAUAUGAAACUAUUAAAAAAGAGGCAUGUUGGACUAUUUCUAACGUUGCGGCGGGUAAUAGGCAACAAAUUCAGGCUGUGAUUGAUGCCAAUGUUUUUCCUGUACUUAUAACUAUAAUGCAAAAUGCCGAUUUUAAAACUAAAAAGGAAGCCGCUUGGGCAAUAACAAAUGCUACCAGCAGUGGAACAGCGGAACAAAUAAGAUAUUUGGUUCAUAUUGGCUGUAUUCCACCGAUGUGUGACUUUCUAACAGUCGUUGAUUCAGACAUCGUUCAAGUAGUUUUGAACGCACUGGAAAAUAUUUUAAAGGCCGGAGAAAAAUUCGCUGCACGUCCAAAUCCGUACGCAAUGGCAAUAGAAGAGUGUGGAGGUUUAGACAAAAUUGAAUAUCUACAGUCCCAUGAAAACCGCGACAUUUAUUACAAAUCAUUUUACAUAAUCGAACAAUACUUUAGCAACGAAGAAGAAGACUCUCGUGUAGCACCUACAGAAGAAGAAACACAAUACGCAUUUAAUCCAAAUGUAGAUACUCCGAAAGGUGGAUUUUUAUUUUAGCUAUUGAGUUAGUGUGUCAACUACUCGUUGAGUUUAACUGAGAAAAGGAUUUCUAAUUACAAGUAUAUAUAUUUUAUCAAUUUCAUAAUCCUACGAAACAUGAUUAAAAUAUGAAUUUUUGUUAUUGUAAUUUAACAAAGUAAGAAUUGAUCAUUUUAUUAAUUUGUUUGCUAUAAUUUGAAAAUAAGGAGAUGUUUACAUUUACACCUAUAUAUAAUAUAUGUAUAUUUUGGAAAUUUUAUUUGAUUUUUAUGUUUGGAUUUUUGGACUGU